AUGAAUUCACGAAUAUUAGCACGUAUCUUUACUACGUUUUCCAAUUUACAAUAUUUAAAUUUUUGUGCAUCUUCAAUUUGGAAUGAACAAUUAUCAUUUUUAAAUCCGUAUCCAGGUAUAAACUCUUCAACUCUCUUAGAAUUGCAUAUCCGUUUGGUGUCGUUCUCCGACUGUCUUUAUAUACUUGAUGGACGUUUCAAUAAACUUCACACACUUCAUGUUGAUAUUUUUUCUAUUACUCCUUCGGAUUUAAGAAACAAUAAUCAGAAAAAAUUACCUAUACCUAAUAUAAGAUGUUUUUCACUAUACUGUAAACCGAUGACAAAUAUUUAUGAUGAAGUAAUUGUACCACAUCUACAACGAAUGUCGAAUUUAGAAAAACUCUCUUUGAAUCUUGGUAUUUGUGACAAAAAUACAUUUGUUGAUGGAAAUGAAUUGAAGCAGAAUAUUAUUAACUAUAUGCCACAAUUAAAGAGUUUUCAAUUUUAUAUUUGCUCACAUCUUUAUCUUUCUAAUCAAAUUUAUCUACCAUCAAAAGAAGAUAUUCAACAUACAUUCAGAGAUUUUAAAGAUGAUCAAGUUAUUUCUUAUAUUGAUUAUUUCCAAAAAGAACAAUAUAGUUUAUGUCAUAUCUAUUCAUAUUCGUUCAAAUUAAAAUAUUACUAUACUAUAACAAAUAAUUUUCCAGGUGGAUUAUUUAAAUAUGUUCAUGAACUAUUAUUUUAUGAUGAACGUCCUUUUGAACAUGAAUUUUUUCUCCAAAUUGCUCAAUCGUUUCCAUUUAUUAAACGUUUAUCUAUAAAAAAUUCGAAACCACAAAAUAACAAAUUAUGUAAAGAAUCAAAGAAUGACAAUCAAGAUUUUUCGGUCAUUAAAUUUCCUCAUCUUAUUUGUCUUACUCUAAAUCUAGCUCAUGAUGAUUAUAUUGAAGAAUUUCUAGUUGAUACAAGAAUAUGUUUACUGAAUAAUAAUGUUCAUCUUAACAUUUUUUACCACCAAUUGAAAAGAGUGACGCAUCAUUUUACAAGAGAUACAACACGAAUCAAUUGUGCAAAACUGAAUUCUUUAUGUUUUGGUGGUCGUCGACUUCCUAAAUAUGCAAAAGACUAUUUUCCACAUGUAUAA